UACACUUUACAUUAUUUUAUAUUUCGGUGGAAGGAUUUUAUAUAAACUAUAUUUUUUUUAUUUAUUUGAGAUGAAUAUUAACACAGAUAAAAGCAAAGAUUUAGAUAACACUUUAGAAGAUGGUGCCUGGCUGGAUUCUUUUGACAAGUUAUUGGAGCCAAGACCUGUAUUGCGGGAGUUAAAUAUUUUAAAAAAAGAGGUGCAUGCAUCAUUCAAUCGAGACUCUAGUGUGGAAAAUAGCAUAAAUAGCAAGGGAAAUGAAUCGUCGCUUUUGAAACCUUCGCAGGAGUGGCCAAACGAUUUAAACGAAGAUAUACAAGGAAAAUCCAAUUCAAUUUCUACUCCACUGGUUCAUCGUGGGUUUAAAGUGGAUCCAUUUAAAUGCUCAUUAUCACCUAUUGGCGCCUGGCGACUCUUAUAUUUUGAUAAGGGUAAAAAUAAGCGUUUAAAUUGCACACCUUUACCCCCUAGUAUACAAAUUGUUGAAUGCGACGAACUAGUUAAAAAGACUGCUUUCAAUACAAUUCAAUCUCAAGACUCAAUUCCAACAUUGAAUAGACAAACAAAUCGGUUUCAACAUGUAACGAGGACUAGAAAUACGAGACACGUUUGUUUUGAGUCAACAAAUGGCAAAAGAACUCAAAAUUCAAUGGAAAAGUCAAAAAAAAUGGUGACAAAUGAAAAAUAUGAUGUCAAAGGAGACGUCCGAGUUCCUAGUCUCACUUUGCAGCCCGGAAAGUGGCGAAAAUCAAUUAGUGCUUGGCGACGCAAACAAGUCGAAAAACACCCAAAUAAUUUGGCAGGACGACAAUCAGAUAAACGCAACAGUUCUGUGGAAUUUAUUGGUUUCGUUGGUACGAUUGUUGGUAAAAGAAAAUCUAUCUUUUUAAAACCUGAGCGCAUUUCGGAAAAUGUGUUAAGAAUAAGCACACCUGAAAAUAAUGAGAUUUGGGAGCGACAUGUUUUGGAUCGCUGCAAUCAAAGAUUUCCUCUACCAUUUGAAGAGCUGUAUUCUGCAGAUAAAUUAACACAUUGUACGAAAAUUGGUGAAGGUGCUUAUGGUGAGGUAUUUUUGAAUACAACGAGUAAGCGAAGAAUGCCAGAUGCGAACAGCACGGUUAUGAAAGUUAUACCGAUUGAAGGGAACAUAGAUGUCAAUGGAGAGAAACAAAAGACAUUUGAACAAAUAUUGCCAGAGGUGGUGAUUUCAGUUGAAUUGGCAAACUUGCGGACAGAUGUAAAUUCAGCAAAUUUUACAUGCGGAUUUGUAAAUGUCAGAAAGGUCACUUGUAUUAAAGGCCAGUACCCUCAACAUUUUAUAAAGCUUUGGGAAAUUUUUGACAAAGACAAAGGCUCGGAAAACGAUCAUCCCGAUAUAUUUGAUGACACACAAAUUUAUAUAGUAUUGGAGUUGGAGUUUUGCGGUCGGGAUUUAGAAAGUUUCCAAUUUCAAAAUGCCGAGCAAACGUAUGGUGCACUCCUUCAGAUUGUGCUAACAUUAGCAGUAGCAGAACAAGCAUUUCAGUUUGAACAUCGUGAUUUACAUUGGGGAAAUAUAUUAUUAUUGAGCACAAAUGUGAAAGAGUUAAAAUUUACUUUGGACAAUCAUACGUAUUCCGUGCCUACAAAAGGUGUUAAAGCUACAAUAAUCGAUUAUACGCUCUCUCGUAUGACUUUUAAUAAUUGUUGUCACUAUAAUGACAUUUCCUCUGAUGAAGAUCUCUUUACCGCUUCCGGAGACUACCAAUUCGAUAUUUAUCGCAUGAUGCGGGAUGUUUUAGGCAAUAACUGGGAAUCUUUUGAACCACGCACAAAUAUAUUUUGGAUAUCAUACAUAAUUACAAAAUUGAUUGACGGUGUUAAAUAUAAAAACAUCCGUAGCAAGGCACACUCUACAUAUUAUUCAAAGCUCAAUAAUCUCAUUGGCAUUGUGAUGGAUUUUAAUAGUGCUAUCGAAUUUUCUAAAUAUUUAAUGGAUUCACAAGCGUAGCAUAUUUUAUAUUAGUACUUAUUUUUUAUAUUUGACAAUGA